AUGAUUGCUGAUCUCAAAGCGGACUCCGCUCGUUGGGAAGCAGACGUCAUGCGUCGGGCUGACCAGGGCUAUCCAAGAGGUAGUUACAUUCACGACUACAAUGCUCCUCCAGCCCCUAAUAUGGUCCCAGCGCCUUACGCAUCUUCUUCUAUUCAUGAAGUGCGCCAGCAAACUGGCCCAUCUCCACCACCUACAUACACUCAACCACCUGCUCAACCCUAUGUGGAUCCAUACACUCAGGCCCCAUACGGUGCAACCCAGAGCCCCUCAUACACAGCUCCAUCAUCCUAUCCUUCAAGUCACUCGCCUUUUGCAACAGGACAAAAUCCCUACCCUCAGCAAGUCCCUUACUCUGCUCCAGGCCAGCCCGCAGUGUCUGCCGACAUGCACCCGUCAUACACCUACACGAGCAACACUGGCUAUGCCUAUGAGAAUGGGAGAAGUAAUGCUCCACGCUAUACAGGACCUGGCUAUGAAACUGAGUCGGACUAUUCCCCGGUCACCUCUGGAAUGACUUAUCCUGCCACAACAGCUCCCGAUCCCCGGAUAGGAAUGGAUCCCAGAUAUACCCCGGAGUAUGACCGCAAUAGGCCACAGGCAACAAGAGAGAGCCAGGCCCCGCGUCGACCCCGGUAG